AUGUCGUCUACUCUGACUUUAUAUAAACAGAAAAACGAAAACGAUGACCACCAGAAAUCCAGUAAAGAUCCCCUAGAUAAUAUCACCUACAAAAUAGUCGGCGAUUUUGGAAAAUGGCAGUUGAAAAUUGCUAUUCUCAUGGCGUUAUUAAAACUACCAAUGGCUUGGUAUCAACUAAACAUUCUGUUUUUGGCGCCACCGCAAAAUUUUUAUUGCGUUAAGCCAAAAUCUUUCACUCAGUACACAGAUGACGAAUGGCGCGAAAUGUGUUUGCCUAAAAUCGAAGAAUAUCCUUGUCUCAUAUUUGACCCCGACAUACUUUCUGUUGCCCCGAACAUGGAUCGGGCAUUAAUACCACUAGUGCCUUGUAAAGAAUUUGUGUAUGACACUUCAGUUUUUAGCCGAACUAUUAUAUCGGAUUGGAAUUUAGUAUGUACGAGACAUUGGCUCAUACACUUUACGCAAGCUGUAAUGAUGUGGGGCGUAGUAUGUGGUGGUAUAUUCUUCCCCAUGUGGGCAGACAAAUAUGGCCGACGAAGUCCGUUAAUGGCCGGUAUAAUCAUACAAUUUAUAGCGGGCUUUCUCACCAGUGUUCUGAGACAAUUUUGGGCUUUUUUGAUAAGCUGGUUCAUCCUGGCUGUGGCUGUUGGUGGUUUGGGAGUUAUUUCCUUUGUCAUGAGUAUUGAAGUUGUAAGUGGUAAAUGGCGAACAGUUAUACCGAUUCUAUAUCAAUCGCCGUUUGGAAUCGGGAAUACAAUUUUAGCUGGAUUGGCAUAUUUCCUGAGAGACUGGAGGCACUUAGAGUUCUCACUGGGGGUUUUGUCCUCGCUUUUCCUCUUGUAUCACUAUUUAAUAGAAGAGUCACCACGAUGGCUUCUGGCUACUGGGCAGACUGAGAAGGCUUGUGCGAUAUCAUUAACCGGCCUUAUAUCACUUCCUGGAUGCCUCCUGUGUCUCCUGAUAAUCACGAAGUUUGGAAGAAAGACUACUGUUUGUGUCUUCCAAAUGAUUUCGUCAAUUUGCUUUGUACUGAUACUCUUGAUACCGAAAGAAAUGUUUACUAACGAUUGGCCGAGGUUGUUAGUAGCCGGCAUAGGAUUUGCAGGUUUAUCGGGUGCAGUCCCCGCCCUAUACUUAUAUUCCGGCGAAUUAUUUCCCACGUUGGGGCGGAACGUCGGAGUCGGUGGUGUGACUACCUUCGCCCGCAUUGCGUCCAUGGUAGCGCCCGGUAUUGUAACGUUGGAUGAAGUAAUGGCUGACUUACCGCUAAUAUUACUUGCUAUAGUGUCUUUCUGUCAGCUGGCCUUGCUUGUCCCUCUUCCAGAAACGAAGGGUCUACCAUUACCGGACACUUUAGAGGAUGCAGAAAGAUUUUUUUUUAAGAGGAGAAUUGGACACAUAGUUUUUCACUUACUUGUUGUAACUACACCUCAAAGAUGGAGAAAAAUUGAGAUGGGCAAUAUAAAAGUUGAUCAAGAAAACCAAACAAGCUCUUUUUUAAGACUUCUACGACACCAGAGUUUAAGUGGUGUCCCACUUACCAAGAAUCCACUCUAA